CACAGCCAUCCGGCAAGAUGGUCCCUGUGCUUUGUCUCUUAUGACUGGGGUUUAUUUCGUUUUUACACUUAAUUUUUGCUUGUAGUUCAUGAAACAGUUGGCAUAUUGUGUUGAAGUGGGUUUCUUGUGACAAAAUCCAACCUCGUCUUUGUCUGUCAGGAAAUGACGACGGUGAAAAGCUGGUAACAUGAGUCUGGCUUCUUCUGAAUCACAUUUAGACCAAAUGGUAGACAAGGAAGAGGAGCCCGGGAGCUCAACAGAAAGUGUAAGACCUUCUUCUUCUUGGAACAGGAGGAAGCCAGCCAUUGUAAUGAGGCACACAGGACAGAAUGAAUCUGAUGCCUCAGCUGACAGUGAAAAUGAAGCUGCCACCUCUGACAGUAAUACAGGCAGUGGAUCUAAAGGCACUUUAGUGAUGAGACCAACUGGGAAUGAAAAUAAAGGUGCCAUGAAGCUCAGAGUUGAUUUCAAACAGAAAAAAACAGAUGAUACUCUGCAGAAGAAGGUUAGCUGCACCGCCUGUGGAAAGCAAGUUAACCAGUUCCAGCGUAACUCUGUGUUCGAGCAUCCUGCGCUCAAAGUACUUAUUUGCAAGUCAUGCUUCAAGUACUACACGAGCGACGACAUCAACAGAGAUUCUGACGGGAUGGACGAACAAUGCAGGUGGUGUGCUGAAGGUGGAAAGCUUAUCUGUUGCGAUUACUGCAACAACGCCUUCUGCAAGAAGUGUAUUCUGCGAAACCUGGGCAGGAAGGAGCUGUCGAGCAUAACCGAUGAGGACUCAAAGUGGCAUUGCUACGUGUGCCGGUCAGAACCACUCCAGGAUCUGGUCUCUAAAUGCCACCGUGUCAUACAGAAACAAGAAGACGUGGAACUUAAGCAGCAAAAAACAGAGAAAACGGAACGUGACAAAAAGCAGGACAAGAGCAAAUCACCAAAAGAGCACAGAGCUGUAGCCAAUGGAAAAGAACAUGUUGAAGGCUCAGGAACCAUGACUUUCUCCUACAAAAACCUGCAGGUACCCAAAGAAAUUAUAAAGAAAGCGAAGAAGCUUGUUGAAACUACGACUGGUUUGAACCACACCUUCAUCCAGUUCAUCCAACAGGCGACUGAUGACCGGGCAGAUAAGUCUAUCAGGUACCGCCAUUUGAAGGCCUUCAAGGCGGUUCUGUCGGAUUUGAAAAAAGCUCACGAUGCUUUAGAGGAAGCUUUAAAGCCUGAAUUCAGACACAUGGAGUUACAGAACGGCACUGAAGAGCAACACGUGACAAAGAUCACAAAUAUUGUUGAACCAACAGAAAAUGAUCAAAUGGACGGUGUUGCAGAUUCAGAACUGGAGACUGAUGCAGCUAAAGAAGUGAACAAAGAAGAGAAAGUUGAAGAAGAUUCUGUUUGUGAGGCACAAAUGCCUGAAAAGAUUGUCAAAGACUUGCCUGAUAAAGAUUUAGUUUGUAAAGAAGUAAUUAAGAAGACUGUCAAAAAGCCUCUUAAUGAAAAAGAUUUAUGUUUUAAAGCUGAUGAAAUGGAGGAAAACAUCAAAGAGCAGGUUGAUGAAACCGAUGAAACAAUGCAAGAAGAUAAAGAGCUGCCUAAAGAAUCCAAUUUGUUUAGCAAAACUGAAAUGAUGGAAGAAGAUACGGAGAAGCAGGAUAACCAAGACAUUAACAACGAUGAAGUUUCCAAUCAGAGUGCAAUGCAAGACCACCAAACAGAAACCGAUGCAAACACAAGAAUAAUUAAAACUGAGGUUUGUGACGAUGAGCUACUGUCAGCAGGGGAAAUGUCUUUAGACCAUGACAUCAUGUCAGUACCUCCAUCGGUUCCUGAGGAGCUUUUUCAGAUGGUGGAGAGCCUUGCAGAUUCGUCCAUGCUCUCGCAGGCUGACAACAGUUCCGUCAAAGAUACAAACGAAAACGCAACAGACUCUCGGCGUCCUCAGCCAAAAGUAAAGAAUCUGAUAGUCAAACUGACUCCAGUACCAGUUGUGAAAAGCUGUGGUUCAAGGUCUUCUAGGUCCAAAAGCAAAGAAGAUGAUGCAGAGUCGAUACACAAAGGUCAGGAAGAUUCUGAGGACAAGAAAACCACUUCCUCUAGUUCUGCAGACAGCCCACCGCCCACCCGCCGCUCUGCCAGAGUAAAAACCACUCCUUUAAGGAAGCAGACAGAGAAUCAGAGCAAGAAAGAGUCCUCUGGGUCAGAAUCAGAGGAGGACAAGAAGGAUAAGUCCAAAUUGUUCAAGAAAUCCAGUAAAACCAAAAAAGAAAAUGGGAAGUUGAGUAAACAGGCAGAGAAUCAGAGCAAGAAAGAGUCCUCCGAGUCAGAAUCAGAGGAGGACAGGAAGGACAAGUCCAAAUUGUCCAAGAAAUCCAGUAAAGCCAAAAAAGAGGGUGGGAAAUCAGGCAAGCAGGCAGAGAAGCAGAUCAAGAAAGAAUCAUCCGAGUCAGAAUCAGAGGAAGACGGCAAGAAAACAGUCAAAUCAUCCAAGAAAUCCAGCAACGCCAAAAACGACGAUGUGGAAAAGACAGAGACUUCAGAGAAGACAAUGGAGGACUCCGACUCAGAUGAAGUCCCUCCUGCAUUGCUGGAGAAAACUGCAGCAGGCAAUAGCACAGAUGAGGAGCAGGAGUCCACAACAGCCAAAAAACGUUUACUGAAGUCAAACGCAUCCACAAAGGACACAGAAAGAUCAUCCAAACGCAAAAGAAAACCUGAAAGCUCAGAUUCUGACGGAGACAAAAAAACUAAGAAAAUGUCUAAAAAGAAGAAACAGGACAGCUCAGGCUCUUCAGGUUCAGACUCUGAACGGGAGAAGGACUCGAAGAGUAAAGCACCAAUUGCAAAGAGAAGAUCUAGUCGUACAAAAAAGCAAACUGACACAAAAAACGAACAAAGCUCACCCGAAAAGAAGGUUAACCGGAAACGGUCUUAUGAGAAAAAGCACAAGGUAAAGGGUAACAAAGCAUCAUCCAAGAUGCAGUUCUCCUCCAGUGAGGAUGAGGAAGAGGAGCAAGAUGAUGGAGGCUCAGGAGAGGACAGCGACGAGCAGAAGAUCCGACCCAUUGUGGAGGAUAAUGUAGUUGGAGGCAGUGGAGCCUUCCAUCAGUCCUCAGGAGACGAAGUGGAGACUAACGAGGCUGACACUCAGAUGUGUGAAGAUGACGACGAUGACCCUGAGAACAGGAUUGCUAAAAAGAUGCUUCUUGCUCAAAUAAAAUCUAACUAUUCUUCCGGAGCAGAGAGCUCCUCUGAUAACGACGAGGCAGAAAAGGAAGAGAACUCCUCCAAGAAAGUUAAAGACGAGGACGAGGAUGAGGAUGACAAUGACGAUGAUCAAGAUGAAGACGUUACAGAAGACAGUUCAUCCGGUUCAGAUGUUGAAGUGAAGAAGAGUCGCAGGCGACACAAACUUCUCCGUCACAAACUCUCCCUGAGUGAAGGUGAAUCCGGGGACGAGAAAUCUGCCAGUAGAGUGAAGAAUAAGGGGAGCAAGAGAAAGUCAGGGAAAAAAGUAGGAAGUGAUGACUCUGCGGACUCGGACUUUGAAAAAUCGGACUCUGAUGAUUCUGAGUCGGGGGUGAGCGAGGAAGUUAGUGAAUCUGAGAACGACGGCAAGCGUCGAAGCACUAGAUCUUCAAAGAAAAAGGAAGAUGACAAACGAAGUUACAAGCAGCAGAAAAAAAAGCGACGUAGGAUUAAAGUUCAGGACGACUCCUCCAGCAACGAGAAGAGCGGAAAGGAGGAAGGAGAGGGAGAGGAAGAUAACGAGGACCAAGAUGGGGAAGGGCAAAAAGGCCGAAAAAAGAUUCGCAAAAUCUUGAAGGACGACAAGCUGCGAACGGAGACGAGAGAUGCUCUGAAAGAAGAGGAGGAGAGGAGGAAACGUAUUGCUGAGAGGGAGGCGCUUAGGCAGAAACUUCGAGAGGUAAUUGUUGUGGAGGAAGCAUCCCAGGUGACGUGUCCUAUCACCACCAAGCUGGUGCUGGAUGAGGAUGAAGAGACCAAAGAGCCACUGGUGCAGGUGCACAGGAACCUUGUCACAAAGCUCAAACCUCACCAGGUUGAUGGUGUUCAGUUUAUGUGGGACUGCUGCUGUGAAUCUGUYAAAAAGAUUAAGAAGUCUGCAGGUUCUGGCUGCAUCCUGGCCCACUGCAUGGGUCUGGGGAAAACUCUGCAGGUGGUGACAUUCCUCCACACGCUGCUGCUUUGUGAAAAGCUUGACUUCAGCACGGCUUUAGUGGUUUGUCCCCUCAACACUGUCCUUAACUGGCUGAACGAGUUCGAGAAAUGGCAGGAAGGAUUAAAGGACGAGGAGAGCUUAGAGGUGACGGAGCUGGCUACUGUGAAGAGGCCUCAGGAGCGAGCGUACGCCCUCAGCAGCUGGCAGGAGUCUGGCGGUGUCAUGAUCAUGGGUUACGAGAUGUACCGAAAUUUGACGCAGGGUCGGAACAUCAAGAGCAAGAAGCUGAAAGAAACGUUUCAGAAAACACUUGUAGAUCCAGGUCCAGACUUGGUGAUCUGUGAUGAAGGUCACAUCCUGAAGAAUGAAGCUUCAGCUGUUUCCAAAGCAAUGAAUUCCAUCAAGACGAGGAGGAGGAUUGUUCUGACUGGAACACCUCUACAAAACAACCUUAUUGAAUACCACUGCAUGGUGAACUUCAUCAAGGAAAACCUUCUUGGGUCAGUUAAGGAGUUCAGAAAUCGUUUCAUCAAUCCAAUUCAGAACGGUCAGUGUGCUGAUUCCACCCUACACGAUGUGCGGAUCAUGAAGAAGAGGGCUCACAUUCUCUAUGAGAUGCUCGCUGGUUGUGUCCAGAGAAAAGAUUACACGGCACUCACCAAGUUCCUGCCUCCCAAACACGAGUACGUGUUAUCGGUCAGAAUGACUCCGAUCCAGUGUAAGCUCUACAGACACUACCUGGAGCACUUUACAGGUGUGGGGAACGCUUUGGAAGGGGGCCGAGGCCGCGCGGGAACAAAACUCUUCCAGGAUUUCCAGAUGCUGAGCAGAAUCUGGACCCAUCCCUGGUGCCUUCAGCUGGACUACAUCAGUAAAGAAAACAGGGGCUUCUUCGACGAAGACAGCAUGGAUGACUUCAUCGCUUCAGAAACGGAUGAAUCCUCCAUGAGUUUGACCUCUGAGGAUGAGAAGUCCAAAAAGAAAAAGAAGCAAGGCAAAGGAAAAAAGAAGGGGUCUGAUGACUCGGACAGCGAUGACGUGGAGGUCAUCAAGGAGUGGAACAGCAGCUCUCGGGGCAAUAAAGGAGAAGGUCGAAACAGAAGAGAGCCCGUUGAGGAACCCCAGGACUCGACUCCAGCAAGUCCCCGCUCCGCUGACUGGCACAAGGAGUUUGUCACUGAUGCUGAUGCUGAGAUCCUGGAACACUCUGGAAAGAUGAUGCUGCUCUUUGAGGUCCUGCGCAUGGCAGAGGAAGUGGAAGAUAAAGUGUUGGUGUUCAGUCAGUCUCUCAUUUCUCUUGAUCUGAUUGAAGAUUUCUUGGAGAUGUCUUGCAAAAUUGAUGAAGAAGAWAGCAAACCCACUCCAUAUAAAGGUGAAGGCAAGUGGUUCAGGAACAUUGAUUAUUAUCGUCUGGACGGUUCCACCAACGCUCUCGCCAGGAAGAAAUGGGCCGAAGAAUUUAAUGAUACCAGUAACACAAGAGGUCGUUUGUUCCUCAUUUCAACACGAGCUGGUUCCCUUGGCAUCAAUCUGGUGGCUGCCAAUAGGGUCAUCAUCUUUGACGCCUCCUGGAACCCCUCGUACGACAUCCAGAGUAUCUUCAGAGUUUAUCGCUUCGGUCAGGUCAAACCUGUUUACGUCUACAGGUUACUUGCCGAGGGCACAAUGGAGGAGAAGAUCUAUGAGCGGCAGGUAACCAAGCAGUCUCUGUCAUACCGGGUUGUGGACCAGCAGCAGAUCGAGAGGCACUUUACCAUGAACGAGCUGGCUGAGCUUUACACCUUUGAACCAGACACGCUGGAUGAUCCGUCAGGGAAGAAGAGCAAGAAACCUACACCUGUACUUCCCAAGGAUCCCAUCCUAGCUGAGAUGCUGCAGAACAAUAAGGACCAGAUUGUGUGCUAUCAUGAACACGACUCCCUGCUGGACCACAAGGAGGAGGAAGCCCUCAGCGAGGAGGAUCGCAAAGCUGCGUGGGCCGAGUACGAAGCAGAGAAAAAG